GGAGGAAGAGGAGGAGAGGAGGAAGAGGAGGAGAGGACGUUUCGGGGAGAGUAAAACAAGUGACGAGUCCCGAGAGGAAGAAGUGGAAAGUGUCACGUUCAGGCUUUGUUGUUAUCACAGGAAGUAGGUCCCCCGCGUCCACCUGGAGCCGCAACACGCCCGGCAGGUGAGUCCGAGUCCGGUGAGCACGAGGACCUCGUCCAGGAAACACGUCGCUUCCGCUGCGAGACCAAAGCAGGCUCCACCGGCCGUCUGCGUGACCUCACCAGAGUGACUCCUGGUAUCGAUCAGAUUAUUGAUCCUGGAUCACCGGACCUGACUAUUGAUCGCUGGUUACCGAUCAGGCAUCUGGGACACUCGAGCCUCCUUCAGAGAGAAACUAAAAGCCCGUCAGCUGCGAUUGGCCGGUGAACCGGGGGAAGCUCGUCCCGAUUGGUCGGACCAAUGGCGGCGCCUCAGCUGAUCCAGGACGACGACGAUGACGAUGACGCGGUCCGCCUCCACGUGGAGGCCAAUGUGACCACGGCGAAUCCCGACACUCCUCCUCCGAGGCUCGCCAACGGUACCCCGACCCGCCACGCCUCCUCCUCCUUCUCGCCGCCCGCCACCGAGAAGCAUCCCGAGCGCGGCGGACUGAGUGGCCUGUUGAAACAGAACCAGUUGAUCCGGUCUCUGAGCGGCGGGCUGCGGCGGCACUGCGACUACGUGAAGAUCGCCGUGCCGGAGGAUGAGCGGGCCGACCUGCUCCCUGCCGAGUGGUGGAAGACGGGCGUGGCCUUCCUCUACGCGCUCUUCAUCCUCUUCUUCACCACCGUCAUCAUCACCGUGGUGCACGAGAGGGUGCCGGACAAGUCGGUGAGCCCGCCGCUGCCCGACAAGUUCUUCGACUACGUGGACCGCGUGCCGUGGGCCUUCACCGUCACAGAGGUCAACGGGCUCAUCCUGGUGGGGCUCUGGCUCGUCCAGCUGCUGGCCCUCAAGCACAAAGCCAUCGUGGGUCGUCGCUGUUUCUUCCUCAUCGGGACGCUCUACAUGUACCGCUGCGUCACCAUGUACAUCACCACGCUGCCGGUGCCGGGCAAACACAUGGUGUGCGCUCCGAAGCUGUACAACGACUCCACGGGGAAAAUCUGGAGGAUUCUGAGGCUGAUCUCAGGAGGAGGUUUGUCUCUGACCGGCUCUCACCUGAUGUGCGGUGACUUCCUGUACAGCGGCCACACCGUCAUGUUGACGCUCUCCUACCUGUUCAUCCAGGAGUACUCACCCCGGUGGAUGUGGUGGUACCGCUGGUUCUGCUGGUCGCUCAGCGCCUCGGGAGUCGUCUGCAUCCUCGUGGCUCACGAGCACUACAGCAUCGACGUGGUGAUCGGGUACAUCGCCACCACCCGGACCUUCUGGUGGUACCACACCAUGGCCAACACACACGCGCUGCGUCAAGCUCCCAACAACUUCCUGUCGAGGACGUGGUGGAACCCCGUCUUCCACUUCCUGGAGAGGAACGUCCAGACGGAGGUUCCUGUCGUGUUCUCGCUGCCGGUGACGCUGCCGUCCUCCUGCAGACAGCGGUACCGGAUAGUGGAGGGGGUGGGGAGGGAGGAGUGAGAGGGAGGAGUCAUGUUCAAGUGAGGAGGGGGAGGAGUGAGUAGGGGGAGGAGUCCCGUGUGAUGGUUAAUUUAUUGGAAGCUCUUCCUGCGUCCUGAGGAAGCAGGAAGAGACGUUUUCAUUAUCGUGAUAUUUAUUUAACAAGUUUCACAACAUUCAGAGUUAUGGUUCCUCCGAGUCUCUGAGAAGAAGUUUAAAGGACACAAACUUUCAAUUCUAAACAUGUUGUGAGAAAUGUUUAGAAUUAUGAAAAGGAAACGUCUUCGGAUUGGGAGGAAGUUGGAGAAUUCAUCGCAGCUUCUUGUGUCUUUGUUUCUGAUCUUUGCAUGUUAUUAUGUAUUAUUCCCAGUAAACCAGGUUUACCAAAUUAAGACUCAAACAGCAGAUCCACUGGCCGAAGAGCAGCUUUCACAAGUCAGUCAGUUAGUUCUUAACGUCGGCUAGAACUUAAGUGAAACUGGAGGAUUGAAGGGUUCAGCAAGUGGAACCUCUUCCAGGAGAACCCAACGCGGGGUCCAUGUCCUGCAGGCAGAACCUCUUCCAGGAGAACCCAACGCGGGGUCCAUGUCCUGCUGGCAGAACCUCUUCCAGGAGAACCCAACGCGGGGUCCAUGUCCUGCAGGCAGAACCUCUUCCAGGAGAACCCAACGCGGGGUCCAUGUCCUGCUGGCAGAACCUCUUCCAGGAGAACCCAACGCGGGGUCCAUGUCCUGCUGGCAGAACCUCUUCCAGGAGAACCCAACGCGGGGUCCAUGUCCUGCUGGCAGAACCUCUUCCAGGAGAACCCAACGCGGGGUCCAUGUCCUGCUGGCAGAACCUCUUCCAGGAGGUGAUGAAACAUCAGCCAUGUUAGCAGCUGCGUAGGAAUGUUGCCUUCAGGAACACGGUCACUGUCGGUUUCUUUUCCAUUUUCUGUUUGUCACUGGUUUAAAUCUGAUUACGAGUUCUUGUGUUAUUGCUCGGCGUUAUGAACACAGUGGCAUGAAAGUUUGCAACCAGCAUGAACCUCGACGCCAAAGGACUUGACGAUAGCAUGUUAGCACGUUAGCAGGCUAACAGGCGUGGAACGAGACCACCUUCUGAGCGAUUUAAUAACAAACCUCAUCACGAACAGGGAAAGUGUCCCUGAAACAAAGUUCUGUUGCAUUGGCAGCUAACAAAUAGAAAGGUCUUUAUAAAAUAUGGACUUCUCUUCACCAGAAAGCUGCUGCGCUGUAAUCUGAAUGCUAGUUAGCAACAUGCUAAAUGGUGCUUAAAAACCAAGUUCAGCUUCCGCGGAGGUCGAACGCACCGCGUUCUGAGUAUAUUCCAUGAGUAUUGUCGUAAAUGUCUUCCUGUGCUUGAUUAUUGUGUUUAAGUUCUAUCUACAAGUCACCUGAGCUCAGUGGUAUUUCUUUGUUUGUAAAAUGAAAGUUACUUUCUCAAAGUGUUAGCGGCUGUUUCUUGUUCGCGUAAGUUGACUUGAACAAAGUGUCACAGUCGGAUGUUUGCUUUGAUAAUAAAAGAUUUAUUUUCAUUUUC